AUGGCGACUGCUGCUGAGUGUGAGACUUUGUACACUGGUCAGAAGAUUCCCCUUCUUGGACUUGGUACGUGGAAAAGUGCACCUGGCCAGGUGAGGGACGCAGUGAAGUACGCCCUGAGUGUCGGUUAUCGGCACAUAGACUGCGCCUCCGUGUACGGAAAUGAAGCUGAAGUUGGAGAAGCCAUCAAGGAAAGUCUCGGUGACAAGGGAUUGAAAACGAGAAGAGAUUUUUGUGACUUCCAAGCUCUGGAACAACAAACAUCACCCGGAUGAUGUAGAGGGAGCUCUGAAGAAGACCCUCUCUGAUCUCCAACUCUCCUACCUGGACCUCUAUCUCAUGCACUGGCCCUACGCCUUCAAGAGAGGAGACAACAUCUUCCCACAGAACCCGGAUGGGUCUCUGCAGUACGACUUCACUGACUACAAGGACACCUGGAAAGCCAUGGAGAAGCUGGUGGAGAAUGGUCUGACCAAGGCCAUCGGCCUAUCCAACUUCAACAAGAGGCAGAUUGACGAUAUUAUCAGCAUUUCCACCAUAAAGCCGGCUGUACUGCAGGUGGAGUGUCACCCAUACCUGGCUCAGAACGAGCUCAUCGCUCACUGUCGGGCCAAAGGAAUGGUCAUUACAGGCUACAGCCCUCUGGGAUCUCCGGACCGCAGCUGGAGAAAAGCAGAAGAACCGGUCCUGCUGGAGGAACCCUCUAUCCUGGAGAUAGCUAAGAAAUACGGCAGAUCCGAAGCCCAGAUUCUUCUCAGAUGGCAGGUGCAGCGCAGAGUGGUCACUAUUCCAAAAAGUGUCACCCCCGUCCCGAAUCCUCCAGAACCUGCAGGUGUUUGACUUCUGUCUGACGGAGGGGGAGAUGCAGCAAAUCGGCAGCCUGAACAAAGGAUGCCGGUACAUCAUCCCGUUAAUCACGGUGGAUGGAAAGUCCGUUCCGAGAGACGCGUCUCACCCCAUGUACCCGUUCAACGAUAGCUACUGA